AUGGUCAUACAACCAGAUGCCUGUGGAGGCCCCUGGGAGCCGGAGAACUUCGAAUCUUCCCGUCUUUGCCGGCCCUCCUCUUCCUCCAUACAGGGCCGUACCAUCAGGUACUGCGAUGAAGACGAGGGAGACCUUAGCAACGAGGCCCGAAUGUGGAGCUUUUGCUCCCAGAGCGAGGUGUUCACUUCAGGUGUCACCGGAUCUCCAGUCAAGCAGAUAGAGAACGACAGUGAGUGCGGCGCAGUGUACCGCCAGGGUGAUGACAAGGUGGACCUGUGUGGCCGGGGGAGCUGGUGGCUGGGAACACUGAAAGCCACACCCAACCCAGGUCUCUAUCACAUCCGCGACUUCAUCGAAGAGGCUGAACUGAACCCGGUGAGGAAGACCUACGGGUUCAAAGGGGUGGGCAGAAAAGCCCAAACUCUGGGCGUAUGUAACGGGGAUCUGCUUCUACCUGGCGCUUAUAACUACACCGACUCCAUCCAGGAAGUCCUGAAGCGCCAGGCGUCCUACUCUUUCAAAAACUGUCCACGGCCCGACAUCGCCACCCUGGGCACCAGGGACAAGCACUUAACCACUUCACCCUGCGACUACAAUGUGACAGCAAAACCAGUGGAGAAGAUUCCCUGCAACCAUGUGAUGUUUCGGUCCACCGUGCAGCGGAUCAGCUUUCCACCUAAGGAGGGACCUGCUCCAUGCCACUAUAAUCCACAGACCAGACCAGCGAAGGGCAUCACUUCCUGCUUCAAAUCCAAGUUGCCACGGCUCCACUAUGUGCACUCAAAGACCCCGGGACCAGGGGCCUAUGAACCUUGCUGGAAGUUGGGCGACCGUCUGAACGCAGAGGCCGUUGACCCAUCAUUUAGCCUCUUCUUCCGCAACACUCUGUAGUUUGGACUUUAUUUCCCACAAUGCCUUCAUCACACCAACCAUCUCCUCGCACUCAUCAGCUUACUGGCACAUCACACACACACACACACACACACACACAAUGACAACUCCUACCUGAUUAAUGGAAUAAAAGUAAGCUCAUGAAGAGAAAUUAAAAAAGUCUCUUAUUACUUGGACCAUUGUUUAUAUCUGCAUGCCAGUGGGGCAUUUUGUGGUCUGCCAGGGACAUAAUAAGCCACAUUCGUUGGGCUCAGAUUGCUUUAGUGAUGCCGGCCAGGGAAGCAGAAUGAUCUUAUCUGCAACAAAGGGUACUUCAUUCCACUUAACUACAUGUUCCCGGUAUUGCUCUCUCCCUACAUCUCUCCAGCUCCUCUUUCCCUCUCUGUCGGCAGUCAGGCUGCUUCGCCUUCCUACUAUCUCUGCCCCGCGAUGCACUCAGGAGGAGGAAUGCUGCUCAGCCAUGCGUCACAUGCACAUAGCUUAGUGUGGCAUGCUGCACCCUCAGAUAACACAUUCAAGCAUUAGGGGCCAAGGCAGUGGCACACAAUAAAACAGCUAUUCUUAUCGCUACCUACUCCGCAUUACUCUUUCUUUUUUCGACGAACCAA